GCCGAGCACCUGUCGUCAAACUGCAUCAGACUCCUGACAACAGAUUUGAACUGCAGCCGGAGACGACCGCCAUCAUGACUCGCGUCCUCCUCGUCCUCCUCGUCCUCUCGUUGACCGCCAUCCCUCCGGGUGCGGCUGAUGAGGUAGCUCAAACGGAUGAAUCUCAGGACGUCUCUGAAAUCAUCGCAAAAGUCAACGACGGCAUACCAAACCUGGUCCACGGCGACGUCGUGCCUAAUCGAAGGAGGAACGCCGCAUCCUGCACGGCCUAUGGCUGCAAGUGGCCUAAGAGUGGACGCUAUGUCUAUGUGCCGAUCACCAUCUCCUCCGCUUACAGCCGUGCACAGCGCAACUUCAUCAUAAGAAGCCUGGUGAGCUUCCAUGGAUCCACCUGCAUUCGCUUUGUCUGGCGCAGAUGGUAUCAUUGGACUUACCUCAACUUCUUCUCUGGAUCUGGGUGCUGGUCUUCCGUGGGCCGUAGGUGGUUCGGAAGACAGUCGGUCUCCCUCAAGAAAAACGGCUGCUUGUACACGAGCACGGUGCAGCACGAGGUGCUCCACGCGCUCGGCUUCCACCACGAGCACAUCCGCUCCGACAGGGACUCCUACGUAAACAUCCUCACCCAGAACAUUCAGUCAGGAAAGCAGCACAACUUUCGGAAGAUGCGCACUAACAACCUGGCAACUCGCUACGACUUCAACUCCGUGAUGCAGUACAGCAACAACGCCUUCUCCAAGAACGGACAGCCGACCAUCGUCGCCAAGAGCAAUCCCAACCUCAAGUUCGGGAACGCCAGACAAAUGAGCGCCAACGACAUCGCCCGCGUCAACAGGCUUUACAGAUGCUGGUGAUGACCGGAGGAGCGGGUCGCCCUCCAGAUACCUCCCCUGUGGAACAUCAUGACCUCUGCAGAACAGCAACAAUAUCGUUCUAUAGCAACAGAACAUGCGUAUGUGAUGGAGAUCUGACACCUGCAGGUGUUAGCAGUUGUUCUUCAUGUAGUCGGGUCUGGGGGCGUUACUCGGCCUCUUUUAACCUUUCUAAUUCAUCCAUUCGAUUCACUUCUUGAUUGUUUUUCUUUUUUUAAAUCAAAGCGUUCGUUUUGGUGACGGAACUAUGAGGUCGUGAUUUGAUGAUUGUUGGUGACGUUGUAGACGGACAAAUAAAUAAUAUAAUCAGCCACUUGUGUGUCGUGAUCAAAAACUUUGUAUUCCUUCAAAAAAAUUAAAUGUGACUUUCCAUCUAAAA